AUGCCCUCUCCGUACCAGUACCUUAAGGUACCCGUUAAGCUUGGCGAUAUGGAUGUUCUUGUGGCGGCUAUCGGCCGCCGCACUACCUUCUCUUUCCAACUGGAACUCCUCCUCAACAGUAGGUUGCAGCAGGUUGGCAUCAUCACCCGACGAGAACUUGUGCCCACUCCUACAAGUAUUGUGCGAGGGAUGGAACAGACUGUUACUCUCUUAACAGUCGUCACAGAAUUACGCGUUUGGGACUCAACGAAACUGUUCCUUUCAGAAAAACGCAACAAAUACUCGCGUCCGCUACAGAAAUUUCGGUGUCUAAGCCUCCAGGCUCUAGGUCCCCUCACGAAUCUCAAGAGUUCAGCGGUUUCGACUCUGAUGAACUUUCUGACGAGUCCCUCGCUCAACCAAACGCGAGCACGUCCGCAUCUCGCCGAGGUCAGCCUUCUUUCCACUCCAACGGAAAGCUGCAUUAGUUAG